CGGUUGCAUUGUAAAGAUCAAGUGAAAAUUCUUCUUCAAAACCCUCUCAAAAAUGGGACUGGACAAAUUAAUACCAUGCACAGUCCAAGUGGCUAAGAUGAUACAAAAAUCUGGCUGUGAUGUUCUCUGCAUCAUUGACCGUCAAAUUCCCACGGAAUUGGUUGAACAAUUCAAUGAAUUCCGUUCAUUCGAUAAGGCAUUCGACAGUGUGGUUUCAUGCUUUAAAUCGCAAAAAUUAAAUUUACCAGUGGUCUAUUCACCUGUACCAGAAUUGAGCGAUUAUCAUGAUGUGCGUACCUAUCAACAGGCUGCUGCAAAAUCACUGCAGAGAGCCAUAAAGGCUGGUUUCAAAUCUCCCUUGCUGCUGAUACCCGAAAGUAAAAAGUUUAGAAAUGUUGAAUUAUGUACCGUUUUGGGUGCUUUGGAAGAACUUUAUGUGCCCAUUCAAUUACGUGAAGAUGUACCAGACAAAAGUAAACGCAUUGAAAAUUUAUCUGUUUUGAUUUCAAGCCCCAAAGCAGAAGAAAUUGUUAAGGAAGCCUUGGUUUUGGAAUCUGGCCGAUAUGUAGCUCGUGAUAUUGGUGUUGGCGAUCCCGAACGUAUGGCUCCACCACGUGUUGAAGAAUAUGUAACAAAAUUAUUCGAUGGUCUCAAGGUAACGGUUAUUAGUGAUGUCGAUACAAUUACCAAGGAAUAUCCGCUAUUUGCUGCCGUUAAUCGUGCUGCCAACUCGGUGAAACGUCAUCAGGGACGUAUUAUCUUCCUUGAAUAUUUGCCACCACAACCUGCCAAGAAGACCUUGAUGUUGGUCGGUAAGGGUGUUACUUAUGAUACUGGCGGUGCUGACAUCAAAGCUGGUGGCAUUAUGGCUGGUAUGUCACGUGAUAAGUGUGGUGCAGCAGCUGUUGCUGGUUUCAUGCAGAUUGUCAAGGAACAAAAACCAGCUGAUGUCCAUGUCAUUGCUGCCCUGUGUAUGGUCCGCAAUUCUGUCGGUGAAGAAUGCUAUGUUUCCGAUGAGGUUAUCACAUCCAGAGCUGGUGUACGCGUACGCGUCGGUAACACUGAUGCCGAAGGACGUAUGUGUAUGGCUGAUGCCUUGUGUCGUAUGAAGGAAAUUGCUGUUUCGGAAAAUUUGCCUGAUCCACAUCUCUUCACAAUUGCUACAUUGACCGGCCAUGCUUUUGUUUCGGCUGGUGAGGGUUAUUCCAUCAUUAUGGAUAACAGUGUUGCCCGUGCCGCCGAUCAUGCACGUAAAUUGCAAGAUAUUGGCACCUCAUUCGGUGAACCAUUUGAAGUUUCAGUUAUACGUCAAGAUGAUUUCGAUUUUAAUAACGGCAAAGUUAUUGGUGAAGAUAUAUUGCAGUGCAACAAUAUACCAUCGACUCGUACGCCACGUGGUCAUCAAGUACCAGCUGCCUUCCUUAUGCAGACGACUGGAUUGGAUAAGCAUGGUUUGGAUGCUGAGAAACCAUUGAAAUAUACCCAUUUGGAUAUUGCCGGCAGUGCUGGUGAACAUCCAAAGAUGCCAACAGCUGCUCCUAUUAUUGCAUUGGCAAAGGCCCAUUUAUCUUAA